AUGUCGGGCUCGACGUCGGGCAAGGCGCCCAAGCUGAUACCCAUGUAUGGGUUCAGGAUGCGACUGGAGAUCCCCAGUAGCAAAGCGUGCAACCCGACAUUCACUGGUUACAUGAAGUUCGCCGAAGUUCGCAACGACGAUGAAAGUAUCAUGCGCAUUCCAAUCGCAGUUGCGAGCGGGUACUGGACUCGGGCGGCGUGUGGCUUCGAUGAUUUUGAGCGGGACAAGGAGAGGCUUGCGGAGAUGGUUCCUGGCACUGUCGCUCCGUUCGGAGCUGGACUUAUCGUCAACUAUCGCUCACUUCUACUCACGCACGCAGCAUUUGCUCUCGCCGAGCGCUCCGUCGAUGUGUUGUUUCUUACGUGGUCUACAACGGUAAUUGACUUCAUGCAGUGGGUCGACGAGGAAUGGGAGGCGCUCCUCGAAGGCAUCGAGAAGGGAAAGCUGCCUCAUUUUCCCGAAACGGAAGAGGUGCAUGCAGCAAUCGCUACCAAGUUUCAUGCAGAUCCCGAGCGAGCGGAAGAGCUACGCAAGAUCGGUCCUCCUUCAGGUGCCGCCAUUGGGUGGGCAAAAAAGACCUGGCCCAGCCUAAACUCGUUGUGGGUUAUCAGUACAGGUGCCUUUGAACGGCCCCUUCCCAAGGUUAGGGCAUUUGUGGGUUCAGAUGUAAGAAUUGCCACCCCAGGGUAUUUCUGCACGGAAAGCCCCAUCGCUGGCACGUUCGGCGACGAAGCUCCUUCGUUAUACAAGGUGUUAAACGAUAACUAUAUCGAACUGCUCGAGGUCCUCGGGGACGGCGAGGAUGGCGCAGUCAAGCAGCUUUGGGAAGUAGAGUACGGCAAGUUGUAUGAGCCUGUCUUCACGACGUAUGAUGGUCUGUGGAGGUACCGGAUCCAGGAUGCCGUACAAGUCGUCGGCUUCGACCCUGCCGAUGGUGCACCCGUUUUGAAAUAUAAAGAGCGUCGCAACCUGUCGAUAAUGAUACCUAACUGUACAUUAAUCACGUCGUCGGAUAUCACUGAGUCUAUUGCUGAUGUCGAAGGGCUCAGGCAUGCCGAGUUCACGACGUUCCUCGACGAUCGCGUGGUUCCGAGCACAGUGGGUUUCUUCAUAGAAACCACUCAAACAAUCGGCACUCUUUCAUCCUUGGAUCGAGACGUGAUUUGGGACGCAUUAGUUGAAACGAACGGGAACUUUGCCACCGGCGCUCAGAGGGGCUUUGCCAUCCGACCAACUAUUCGAAUUCUUGCUCCUGGAACUUUUGCUGAGUUCAGGCACUGGAGAGGGUCUCUCAACGAUUCUGGAAGCUCACAAAUCAAGGUCCCCCUCAUCACGCUCGAUCUACGGUCGCAGGAAUUCUUCCUCGGUAAGGUCAUUGAUGAGGUGCAUUAG